AUGUGGAUUCAUAUCAAUUGUUACUGCCGUAUUUGCGCUGGCCGCAACGUUCCUUCAAGCUCGUCUGUCAGUCCCCUUUCUGUUUCUUUCCACCACCGUACUGCUCUUGACACUCCACCCAGUCCUCUUUCGCCGGCUCUGUCUUUUACGGAUAGCUUCUAUCUUCCUAGCCCUGUCUCGCCUGUUGUUAGCUUCGCUGAUGAGCCUUUGAGCCCUGUUUCUCCUAUCGCUCUCGAGCCUCUCAGUCCAUUCAAUGAGUCGAGUACUGCUCCUCCUUCACCUGCGCUCUCCAUUGCUGAGUUGACACCUGAGAAUUUCCCUUCUCCGGUUUCUCCAAUCAACACUGAAUAUGUUUGGGAUCUUUGUAUCAUUCCCUCCGUUUCUGCCAAGUCCUCCAUCUUUGCAGCUCAGUGGCGUGACGAGACUUCGCUUCCCUUCAACGCUCCCGCUACUCAGGUCAACGAUCAAGAAGUCAGUCCCACCACUCUCCCCAACGGCAAAAAGGCACCUCCACCACUUCCUCCAAGACCUAUUCCCCGUCGCCCCAAAAGAUCUCCAUUGCUCACCUCCAAGUUCUCCUGGGGCAGCACACCCACAGCAUCGCCUUCUCUGCAAUCUCCCCUCGAUAUUAUUUCUGCUCACACCGUCAAGUCUGAAGAAGCACCACCGAAAUUCGGGAAUAAACCUUGGUGGGAAAACAUUGCUCCUGUUUCUGUUCUUCCUUCGCCUACACUCAGUGCUCACUCCUUCAGCGGAUUCUCCGAAGCUUUUGUUUCGCCCACGACCUCUGCAUUCGACUCCCCUUGCUCUUCUUCACCCACUUACCCACCAUUUACUUUUUUAGGAUCGAGGGAUGUUCGCAAUAUCUACUGGACUUUUGCGACUCCGAGUACUGCUGCUGAAUAUUUCUCCAUCUUUGGCAGUUUGCCCUCUGAAGAUGCUUACGCUUGGAUACGUUACCCGGUGCCUGGUCCUCAUGGCUUGUGUGACUAUGAUGAUGAGGAAGAUAAUACCGACGAUGACGAAUCUGCUCAUUAUGAUUGGGAUGCCGCCCUUCAUGUGAGGAAUCCCACUGCUGGUGAUGUGUUUGAUCCGUUUGCUGAGGUUGACGAGUUGUUGGCUUUUUAUUGCGAUGAUUAUGAGGAUACUUCUCUCAUCUCUUUUGAGUCCCUUUCUGAUGAUACUUCUUACCUUUCUUUUGACGCUGAUGAGUACUCUGGUAUCACGGCAGAUGCUGGUAUCGCUGAUACCGCUGAGAUGCAGAGAGCGAGAUAUGUUGAGAGCUUCCUUGUUGGGUCGGUUGUUAGUGCUGUCAAGGAGGUUUGUGUUGAGGAUGUGAGAGUUGGAUCACUGGAUGCAAUUCUCGCUGGCAUUUUCUAA